GGCGGAGUCACGUGGUGAACUUUGGGUAUGAUUUGGGUCAGUUAAACCCUGAGGAGGCAGAAAGCAACAGGUUGUCGGUGUGAGGGUCCCUCAACAUACCGGUUUUUAUCGUUUUAGACAUGGAUUUCAGCAAGCCCAGAGGCAUCAUCCAGACCGUGCCUUUGAAGCUACCUAAUGGAUACAUCCUGCCUGAGGGCAGGCUGACUCCCAACGCGCUCUUUGUUGGUGGGAUUGACAUGAAGGCGGAUGAGAAUGAAAUGAGGGAGUUCUUUGCAAGAUAUGGCAAUGUCAAGGAGGUGAAAAUAAUCACAUACCGUGGAGGGGUCUGCAAAGGUUAUGGAUUUGUGUACUUUCAAGAAGAUGUGAACAUUCAGUCAAUCAUUGAGCAACAGAUCAUUUUUAAAGGGCGGAAACUCAAGCUGGGACCAGCGAUCAUGAAACAACGGAGUCCUCGGUCUGUUCCAUCCCGUCUGGUUGGGCCCUCCCCUUUGAUGAAUCCCUCUCAGUAUAUGUACUGUGCAUGCUGCUCACCUUUGGGAGGAGUGGUCACACAUCCCUCACCUGCCUUCAGUGGGGCCAGCCCCUAUAAUCAGCCGUACCCAUACAGCAACUUCACUGGAGUAAUUGUUCCCCAGAUGCCGAUGAGUUACACACAGAAUCCAUACCCCUACCAGUACACCCAAGCUCCUUGGACACCAGACCAAAGGGCUCGACCUGUCAACCAGAGCUUUGUGGACUGUGGAGUCCAGACUAUGCUGACUGUGCAAUAGUCUAAAGCUGUUAAGCCUCCUGCAAGAUGGAGCCUACGGUAGCUUCAACAAGGUAGGAUGCAGACGAGUUAUCAUCUUGUCGUCCUGGACGUCUGAAAGCCUCCCGACCAACGCUGUGUUUUCCGAACACCUUCGCCUCCAGUUUUUCAGAGCCUUUUUAACACCAGACUGCAUGAGCUUCCCCCUUAAACCGAACCACGUAGAUCCCAGCCUCUUUAACCCAGAUUGGUGACGUUGACCUGUGGUCGGCUGCUUUUAAUUCACACGGAUCACAGAAACUUUUUAUAGAGCGCACUCACUAUACCAACCAAUGCAUGGGAUCACUUUUUUUUUCUUUUGUAAUCCCAAAACAAAAACACUUAAAUAUUUUAAUCUCACUUUUUUUGUUUAUUUAUAUUAUGUUUAAUUUAUUUUUUUCUAUUUGUUUGGUUUGGUGUGUUUUAAGGGCUCUCUGUACAUAGAAGUGUUUAUAUUUGUAAUGCUAACAAUCUGUUUUCUACACUGUAUUUUCUUCAGGUCUAAUUGUCCUCUAAUUAAGAUAUUAACUUUCCUUCAGCAUAAAGGCACUGUCAUACAUUUUAAGCACUAAUAUUUUGUGCUCCUUUUUUAUUUCAUUGGGUGUCAGUGUGGUGAAUGCAAGGCUGCUUGGGCCUCAACUCAUCAGUGUUUUACAUUUUUGUUUUGGUUAAAUGUUGGUCGCAUGUUUCCAGAUUUUCACGGUCGACAGUCACAGCAAAGAUACUCAUGAAUAAGCAAAUGUUAAAAUAAAAAGGAUGGAAUGAAGGGAGUUUUUCACAAUUUAGGUGCUUUGUUACACUGAAAAGGUUUAUUUCUUCUUUUUUAUACUGUUCACUGUUUGAGGUUUCUCUGUUUUUAUAUCUUGCACCUGAUAAAAUUUAAUUUUAUACAGCUUCAUAGGGAUGGACAUGUGCAUGUGGUGUACACCAGUUUUUUUUCUUUUAUAUCUUUCUGUUUUUGGACAUUGACCUUAAGUUUAGCAGGCACUACUGUGUUGAGUCGUUUUCUUCAGAGAGCCUGAGAAUUGUUGGAG